AUGGCGGUGCAAUCCAAGCUGGUCCUGCCCGACCGGUCCAUUAAGAGCGCCAUCGCGCAGCUGACCAACCUGUACAUCUCGAACCGGACGCGCAUCUCCCGCGCCGUCUACCUCACCCUCCUCCUCGCCCUCGUCAACCGUGUGCGCCAUGCCAUAUCCGAGCAGAAGGCCGCAUCCGCCCGGGAGCAGGCCAAACGCCGCUCGGGCACGACAUCGAGCGACGGCACCGAUGCCACCGCCAAGAAGAAGGUUGAGCUGAACCGCGAGUUCUUCCGCUCGCUGCUCAGGCUGUUGCGCAUCGUCGUCCCCGGCUGGCAGAGCAAGGAGUCGCGCCUGCUCCUCAGCCACAGCGUCUUCCUCGUCAUCCGGACCUUGAUCAGUCUGAAGGUCGCCGAGAUGGACGGAGCCAUCGUCAAGGCUCUCGUCAAAGGAAACGGGAGGGAGUUUCUGCUGCGCAUCUUCUGGUGGAUGCUGAUUGCCAUGCCCGCAACCUUCACAAACUCCAUGCUGUCGUACCACCAGGCCGAGCUCUCCCUGAAGUAUCGGACCAGGUUAACCCAGUACAUUCACGACAAGUACCUGUCGCAGCUCACAUUCUACGGCAUUUCGGCCCUGGAUGACCGUAUAAAGAACCCCGACCAACUCAUCUCUGUCGAUGUAGCAAAGUUUUCUAACAGCUUGGCCGAGCUAUACAGCAACUUGGCCAAGCCCAUUCUCGAUAUGAGCGUAGGUGGCGAAGGCGUGGUCUUCAUGUCAUUGCUGGUACAGCUAUCUGCCAAUGUCAUGCGCGCUCUGACUCCACCAUUCGGCAAAUAUGUGGCCGACGAAGCCCGACUUGAAGGAGAGUUCCGUUUCCAGCACUCCAGACUAAUAGACCACGGCGAAGAGGUCGCACUUUAUUCAGGCCACGAGGCGGAGAAGGACACUCUGGACAAAGGCUACUUCACGCUUAUUAAGCAUGUGAACUACAUCUUGCGUCGGCGUUUCUACCACGGAGUCAUGGAAGACUUCGUCAUCAAGUACUUUUGGGGCGCGUUGGGGCUGUUGUUGUGCAGUGUACCUGUCUUCUUUAAGCUACCUGGCCAGCUCGCCGGCGGCGUUGUCAGCAUGGGAGACAGGACAGAGACGUUUGUCACCAACAGACGGAUGUUGCUCGGCGCCUCUGAUGCUUUCGGGCGUGUCAUGUUCUCUUACCGUGAGGUCAUGGAACUUGCAGGCUACACCUCGCGUGUUGCAUCUCUCCUAGAAGUCAUGGACGACAUCCAGGCUGGCCAUUUUGAGAAGAAGCUAGUCUCCAGCUCUGGUACCGAGGACAACGCCGCAGUGUUGGCAGGUCGGGGCACUGUUGUCGAGAGCAAGGAUAUUCAGUUCCUCGACGUGCCUAUUAUCUCUCCAAACGGCGAUGUCCUCGUUCGAGCUUUAUCCUUCACGCUCAGGCAGGGUGAUCACUUGCUGGUGGUUGGACCCAAUGGUUGCGGCAAGUCGAGUCUUUUCCGAAUCCUCGGAGGCCUAUGGCCCGUCUACGGCGGUACCGUUCACAAACCACCAUUUUCCGACAUUUUCUAUAUUCCCCAGAGGCCAUACCUUUCACGUGGCAGCCUGCGCCAGCAGAUAACGUACCCUGAUAGUCUCCGCACAGUCCGUGCGCGCGGUGUCACCGAUGCCCAGCUUCUGGAUAUGCUCAAGAUCCUGGGCCUCGAGCACUUAGUCGACCUAUACCCAGAGGGCUGGGAUGCCGAGGCCGAAUGGCGUGAUGUCCUCUCCGGGGGUCUACAGCAGCGAGUCGCCAUGGCGCGCCUCUUCUACCACAAGCCGCGCUACGCCAUCCUGGAUGAGUGCACGAGCAGUGUCACAUUGGAAACAGAGAAAGUCAUGUACGAUAAUGCCAAGGCAUUGGGCAUCACCCUUAUGACUGUUAGCCAUAGACGGAGCUUGUGGAAAUACCACAGCAAGAUCUUGCAGUUCGAUGGGCAGGGCAACUACAUCUUCACGCAGCUUGACGCCGAGAAACGACUCAAGCUCGAAGACGAGAAGGAGGACCUGGACGUUCUGCUUCGACAGGUGCCUGAAAUUGAGAGGAGGAUCGGGGAAUUGACUGCCGAGUAA